AUGUGGGUGGGUACAGAAGUUCAAAUGGGACACAUAGGAAGGGGAAGGAAGGGACGGAGAAAGGGCUGGGACACCUGCGAGAGGAGGCGGAGAGAAGGAAGGAGGGAAGGAAGAAAGGAAGGAGGGAGGGAAGGAGGGAGGGGCCGGCCGGUGAGUGCUUGCCGUCCAGCCAGGGCGAGGCCUCGCUCUCUCUCUCUCUCUGCCGGAGGGCAGGCAGGGCAGCGGUGCCUGGAUCGGGACCCAGGAGGGAAGGGAAGAAGAGAAGAGAAGCCAACCCCAGGGAACAAGGAAGGAAGGAAGAACAGACCUGUGAGGAGAGAGUUGUCUGGGAUCAAGAUGACGACGGCGGCACCGGCUGCUGAAGGUUCCCUGUCUUUGACCAAUGUCACCAACAAGUCUCAGGAACAAGUUCUUUAUCAGAGUUCCGGCGCAAUUGUGGCGGCCAUUGUGGUUGGCGUAAUUGUUAUAUUCACGGUGGUUCUCCUCUUGCUGAAAAUGUAUAAUAGACGAAUGAGGACGCAGAGAGAGCUGGAACCGAAGAACACCAAAGCCACCAUCCUCCCUGCUUUGGCUCCGGGUGGCAAUAGUCCCGGCCGCAACCCAACAGUGACAUUUGUCCCCGUGGACAUCCACAUGCCAAACAGAAGGCCGUGAGGCAUCAGACACUGGCAACUAAGAACAACAUCACUGCUCUCAGUAAGACGAUGGAGUUGGCAUCAGAAAGGGAGUAAGAACUCUGAACGAUGUAGACGUCACCAAUGAGAAAGAAGCCCAGCGUGGAAGUAAAGAAGGAAGUAUAAAGAACUUGACCAUGCCUCUUUUUUCUUUUGGAAGAGAAAAGGAUCUGCUUCUCGGUAUAACUAAGGGAAAGCCAAGGUGGAACUUGGGUGUGAAAUGGUGCUCUUUUUUCGUUUUGUUUCCUUACCUGCGGAUAUCUGAAGGGCAACUAACAGCGAGGCUAACUCUGUGGCUGGAUUAAGGAUUUAGUUCUACUUCGACUCAGACGAGCCUCUCACACUCCCACUCACACUCCCACAGCCGUGUGGAUGAGAGUAGUCUUUGCUGGUUGGAGACGCUGUAGAGAUGUGGGAAGUCCCCUUCCACCUGCAUUUGACGUAGUCAGUUCUCCUUGCUUUCAUCUUGCCCUAGAUGCUGAGAAAGAAGCGACUCCUAUCCCAAAACAUCCUCCAACUUUGCAUACACCAGAAUUUCAUGCUGUCAAUCAAAUCCACUGUGAUCAUCGGUCCAUUAUAAAAGCGCAAAAACAGAGUAGUAGAAACCAAAAGUCCAAAACAGCAUGCGUACACAUCUACACACCUGGCAGUUCAACACCAAGCUCCUAAAUCAGAUCUAAUGCCAUUUUUCAUAGGUUCUUGUGCAAGCUGAUUUUAUUUUUGGAGAUCUACAUGGCAUUUUCCCCAUCCCAAAGUCAGCUCCCAAUACUUCCGAGGAUUCUCAAGCAACUGGCAAUCAAAGAAAUGACAUUAUAAAUAAAUUAGAUGUAUAAUACAGUAAAA